AUGGAGCAGGGCGGCCGCCGCCGAGCCUUCGGCAGCAUCUGCCCCAACACGGUCCAGGGCCUGCCCGCCCGCCUCGCCAAAAAGCCGGCUCGGGCCGGCGGGGGGACGGCGUGGACCCCUCCGGCCGCCUUGAGCCCCCGAGCGCCCCCGCCCCGUCCGCACCGCAGCGGCGCCUCGCCGGCCCCCGCCGCGCCCGCCCUCGAUGUAUCCACCUUAACGCCGCCAUCACUGGACUGUACUGACUUCGAUUUCUCACUUGGUGAGGAGGUGGCCUUUGGCUCCUGCACCCCGCAGCUGCAGAGCAGUGUGCUGGUGCAGGUGCCCCCACAGCACCUGCCUUCCCCCGAGCCAUGCUGGAGGGACCUGGCAGACCAGCACCAGAAAGCACUGGGAGAUGCCCUGGAGGCAAACAGCCAGCUGCAGGAGACCCUCACCCAGAGGCAGGAAGAGCUGGUGACAUUGCGGGAGAGUAACGAGCAGCUGAAGGAGCUGGCAAGUCAGGCCCGGCAGCUGGCCGCUGUCCUUGACACACUGAUGCUCCCGCAAAGCACCGACGGGACAGCUCUUCCUCCUCCUUCUCCUCUCCAUCCUUUACCUCCUCCCGCUGCCGCCGCCGCCGCCCCGACAGGUCCCGGCCGGGAGGAUGCGGAGGGUGUGGACGCCAUGCUGCGGGCCGUGUCGGAGAAGUGCCGCGCCGCCCUGCGAAGCCUGGGGAGCAGCGCGGGGGACAGCGCGGGGGACAGCCCCGGGGGCAGCCCGGGAGACAGCCCGAGAGGCAGUCCCACGGCCAAGCGCCCGCGGCCGGACCCGCGGCUCCACGGCGCCUUCCGCGGGCUGCGCACCGGCCGCGCCGCUCCGCGCCCGCUCGGCGGGGAUCUGGAGGGGGGCGGCAGCCUGCGGGCUGCGCUGGGAGAGGCGGGCACCAUCCGCACCCUGGCCUUCCCUCAGGGAAACGCCUUCACUCUCCGCACGGCCACCGGCGGGCACCGCUUCCGAUGGGUGCCGCGCUGA